GUGACUUCUCCUCCGCCACCCCGACCCCCACCCCACCCCCAAUCACAACCACUGUACUCUCUUUCUUCCCCUGUAAUUUGCUCCCUCUCCCUCACAGAGCUUCACAACACUCCCUUUACACAUCUACAUUUCUAGGGUUUUUUGUCCUUUUGCGCACAAACUUCAUCAAAAGAGCUCUGAACUAGUUUUAUGUGAACAAACUUCAUCAACAAUGGGCUGCUUCCAGUCCAAAACCGCCAAUGUUCAAACUCCUGAUCAAGUCCCUGAAUCCAAACCAGAUCCAGCCAAUGGAGAUGAAGCAUCAGAUCAACAAGAUCAAGAUCAAGGAGUCCCCGCAUUCAAAGAGUUCGAACUGACGGAGCUUCGAGCGGCUACAAAUGGGUUCAGCAGCGAGCUUAUAGUUUCAGAGAGCGGAGAGAAAGCUCCGAAUGUGGUUUAUCGAGGGAAGCUUCGUAGCAAUAAAGUCGUUGCCAUUAAACGUUUUUCCAAGCUAUCUUGGCCCGACCCACAACAAUUCGUGGCAGAAGCUGCUGGUGUUGGCAAAGUCAGACACAAGAGAUUGGUCAACUUAAUUGGGUGUUGUGCUGAGGGAGAAGAACGUCUUUUAGUCGCUGAAUACAUGCCCAAUGAUACCCUCUCAAAGCAUCUAUUUCAUUGGGAUAAACAACCUUUGCCAUGGGAAAUGCGUGUGAGAGUUGCAAACCAUAUUGCACAAGCUCUUGAUCAUUGCAAUACUGAAAAUAGGAAAAUCUAUCAUGAUCUAAAUGCAUAUAGAGUCCUCUUUGAUGAGGAUGGUGAUCCUCGGUUAUCUAGUUUUGGUUUGAUGAAAAAUAGUCGAGAUGGGAAGAGUUAUAGUACUAAUCUUGCUUAUACUCCCCCUGAGUUUUUGCGUACAGGCAGGGUUUUUCCAGAGAGUGUGAUUUACAGCUAUGGAACUGUCUUACUGGAUCUUUUGAGUGGAAAGCAUAUACCUCCAAGUCAUGCAUUAGAUUUAAUACGUGGAAAAAACAUAUUGUUGUUGAUGGAUUCAUCAUUGGAAGGGCAAUAUGGUGAUGAAGAUGCAACUGCAAUGGUGGAACUUGCUUCAAAGUGUCUUCAAUACGAGGGGCGAGAUCGUCCAGAUAUUAAGUUUCUUCUUACAUCAGUUGCUCCCCUUCAAAAACAGACAGAUGUUGCAUCACAUGUGCUGAUGGGUUUGAUAAAAACAGUAACUCCAGUGGCAGUGGCAGUGGCAGUGGUCCCCACCAUAGUUUCUCCUCUUGGAAAAGCAUGUGCAAGAAUGGAUCUUACUGCAGUACAUGACAUGUUGCUUAAAACAGGAUACAGAGAUGAAGAGGGGGCCGAAAAUGAGCUGUCAUUCCAAGAAUGGACCCAACAAGUGCAAGACAUGCUAAACACAAAAAAGUUUGGAGACAUUGCAUUUAGGGACAAGGAUUUCAAAGGUUCUGUUGAACAUUAUUCCAAGUUGGUUUCAAUGAUGCCGGUCCCUUCGGGCACGAUUUUUGUGAGACGGGCACUUUCUUACAUGAUGAUCGGGCAGCCUGAGCUUGCAUUGCGAGACGCAAUGCAAGCUCAGGUGUGUUUGCCCGAGUGGCCCACCGCGUUUUACAUGCAAGCGUUGGCUCUUUCUAAGCUUGGCAUGGAAACGGAUGCUCAAGAUAUGCUCAAUGAUGGCUCCGCAUUUGAAGCCAAGAGGCAAAAUAGUUGGCGCAACUAG